AGAAAUGAAUGUGUUUCUGAUUUUACGCAGUCCCGACGAGCAAUUUCUCAUUUACGAAUUUUGCUAUCUUGCUUGCGCAUGAUUGAAGAUAAAAACAAGUCGGAUACACAUUUCACUCGCUACGUCUGUUAUUUUGUGCCUACUUCAUCUUUCAUUUCCCAUUUGUCGUUGUGUCAAAAUGGUACCGAGCAUCGACCAGAGCGCAUGACCAGAAAACAGCAUCGCUGGCCUUGUUGUAUUACCUUCAGCCAACUGCGCCUACCACUACUUGCAGUAAGCGUUAGGUAGGACAUGAUUCCGUCCCCCAAUGCCGCAGCAUCGACUGGUACUACGAGCAGAAACGGGGGCACGUCCACGCCACAGAGUCAAAAUACGCCAAAUUACAACGGAACACCGGGAACUGGAACAAUCCCAAGCACGACACCACCACCGACUGUUCUUGCAGGAAGCAAGGAUACGCAGUCGUCAAGCAAGGCAGGUGAGCACGACCAGGAAAUCAAAAUCUCGAAGGGCGAGAAGCUCCGGCCCGUGAGCUUGCGCCUGAUCACGCGGCAACUAAUCGAAAAUCCGGAGGGGACCGUUGUGCGGAUAUCCGGACUCGGGCACGCAAUCCAGGAAGCCGCCGUCAUUUUCAACCUCCUGUUCGACUUAUCGCAAGAAAAAACUGUUUCAUUGUGAACUUGUGAUGCAAAGAACGACACACCAAAGUGUUUGUCUUGCUACACCUGCAACACAAUGGAUUUCUAAGCGUGUUUUCCCUUGGGAAACGCGCAUGGCAAAUUUUCUGUGUCAUGUGUAACAAACUUGUGAUGCGAUUCUUGCAAGAGCAUCACAGUGAAACAGUUUUUUCGUGGGAUACGACUACGUCAAAGUGCACAAAUACGAAACCCGCUGGAUCAAGAGCCUCGGGACCACUUACCGUGCCAAGGCAGAGUUUUUUCCCCAGCUCAGGAUCCACUUCAGUAUUUUUUAUUUUUCUCACUUUUUUCUUCUUGGUCUAUAGCUAUACUCACAGUUCGGUGGAUCCAUGCCUGUACUUUUCCAAGCUCGUUCCCAUUGUUCCAAGAAGAAAUGAAAUUAUGCGUGUUCCUUUAAUAUAUAAUGGAUUGUAAGCCAAUGGGCAUGGCUCUGACUGGCGCGACGCUAUUGUAGCAUUUUCAUUCACGUCGACCUCGACGUCUUGAUUGUACUUCCUUAAAUCAUAACCAUUUUCAUUCGGUUCCGCUUUCAUCGUACCGAUUCGUAGCGCCUUCGACUUGUCUUGAGUAGGCACCAGUUUCCCGACAGAAAAUGGGCUCAUCUUGCUGUUCAACCUAUCCUGUUUGCUGUACGACUUCAGGUCGUGCUGCCGGAUUUCGCAUGCGGAUUCCAAUGGCGCUGAAACCGGAGAAGGUCGCGUUUCUGGCGAAGCCGACCAGCUUCACGCCGAUCUACGAAAAAGAGAUACCUGACGAAGUGCACGUGGGGUCCGUCAAUGCAGGGAGUGACCAGCUCUUCGUAUUAUAGACCUGGGAGUGUUUUUCUUUUUGUCUUUGUUCAUCUGUGAUGUUUUUUUAUGGUUCUUCACGUGUUCACCGUCACCGAGCUGUACACGACGUCGUGAAGAUGUCUGAUGCACAAUAUUUUACCAUUGCCACAGGUAGGCGGAUCCGCAAUCAACGCAGCGUUUAAGAGAGCCUUGGAUGAGGCCGGCAUCGAGACUGGCAAGUAUCAGGACCUACAGCGAAAUAUCAAAUGCAAAUAUGUCUGGGUCUGGAAGAAUGCAGAUUUUUGCCAUGCUGUUUUUGCAUGACACAGAAGGUCUGUCAUGGAAGCCCUAGCAUCACAGAUUUCGAGAACGUUCCGCAAUGCUUAAUCCGCAUGACAAAUCCCUCUGUUUGGUAACAGAAAAUGGAAACCUUUUGCUGCCUAUGCAUCAGAGAUUUGCGCGUGUUGUGGAAUUCGCAUCACAAGUUCGGAUCCUUCCAGACCCAGACAUUUUUGCAUUCGACGCGAAAGCUGUGGAAGUCCGCUUCAGAGCAGCUGGAUAUCACAGGAAAAAAGUGUUGCAGUUACACAUUUGUUGGAGUUUCUGCAUUACAAAGCCGCUCGACAUGGCAAAGAAAACCUGUGAUGCGCAGACUAUAAGGGAAAACACGAAUGAAAUGAGGCUGGCAAGCAUUUCCUGCAAUACAGAGGUCGUCUGUCUUGCUUGUCUUGCAUCAAAGUGUGUAACUGUAACACUUUUUUCUCAGGAUACUGGACCGGGUCGUCCUAGCCGACGCCGAGACCUGCAAGGAACUCAAAGUAAACUAUCUCUCUUGCAGGGCAAGCUACGCGGACUCCACCACAUGCUCCUGCUUCUUGCACGUCUUCGAGCCGGCAGCGCGACCCAUGGGAAACGCGAAGAAUGCUGCCAUGGUCUAUGUCGUAGGACCGCGAGGUAAGUAUAAGUAAGUUGUACUUCUGGCCCUGCUUCUGUGCAUUUCCAUUUGUCUUCACAAGCGGGAGCUGCUACAUGUACCGUCUUUCGUAUGUCAAUGCUGUUUCACCUCCCCUGGUGUCGUGGUGAAAACACUGACUGUACGUUGCAAGAUGAUGUAGAGAACAAGUACAGAACUCAUUCCACCAAGAACGACCUGUAUCCAGGUUCGGAGUGUGGAUCGGGCGAAGAUUUUCUGGAGAAGCUGCGCAACUGCGGCAAGAAUGUAGUCGUGUCCGUGAACCAGUACAACCUGAAGCAUGCCAAGAAGUACACGGAAGAGCUUCCGCGCAUCGACCGGGUGCGGGUGUGUCUGGUGAGCGGCGGUAUCUACAAGCACCCGGACGUGGACAAAAACGACAUUGCGCGUGCCCUGAUGGAGGGGCUCUACUUGAAUCCGAGUGCGCAGGUGGAGCAUUCCCCGGUGUUUGAGUUCGCGUACGACGAAGACGCAUUCAAGCUGGCAUACGAAAAAGCGCUCUGGAUUCCGAUCAACGAGCAAAAAACCGUGAGCACCAAAGACCACGACUUGCGGCUGGUGCAUCAAGAACGAGUCGAGGAAGGGCAAGGUGGAGAGGGAACAAGUGGGGAGGUGGUCCAGGACGAGGGCAGCAAGGACGGAUCUUCGUCCCCGGGUGGUGGGGCGCGGGAAAGCAAGAAACCCCGCCUGAUAACGAGGGAGCUGAGGGAGGUGGUUGUAUCUGCAGGCAGCAACGCGACAGCCACAACGCCGGAAGGAACUAGUACCGUCGGAGGAGGUGCUGGACAAGCCUCGGCAACGUCCCCCGUAAGCGACGACAAUAAACCGGAAGACGAAGCAGAUGAACAAAAAGACGGCGAUCGAUUCGUCUCCGCUGGAUCAGUAAAUCCAGACGAGGUGGUGGCCGGAGAGAAUACGGGCAAUGCCGUCUGAAACGUCUACGUCGUUGACUUCUAGUCGGGGCCACGUCGUUCUUGCAGAUCAGAAUUCUACGUCUCGCUAUAAUUGUGGAGCACGAGCUCCUGCUCCCUGUUAUUUGGUGCGAUAGUUAGUAGAAUUCUAUUUUCCGUUAGCUGACAAGCACUUGGUCAAGGAAGUCAUGCUACGCUGACAAAUGCAUCCACACGACGCGGCCCCAGCCUGGUAACAUCGAAGCGAUAUAUAUUUCAGCCUCGAGCAAUCACACAUAGAAUUGCUAAAAGGCUUCGCUGCGCUCAUGUUUCUUCUACGUAAACGCAUGCAAAUUGACAUAGUAGUACGCAACACACAAGGUCGUUAGGAAGACAGAAGAUGGAUGCACACACCUGUUCGCUCGAGUAUAUUCCUACAGUUGCGCACCUUUUGCUUUUCGAGUGUCGUGGUUUCUUUGCCACCGUCUCCACUUUCGCUGCAGAAGGCAGUAGAAAAGGACGCACGCAC